AGCCGUGCCGGCCACGUGCCGGCCUGGGGCACUGCUUAGAAAUAACAUGCCGGCGCAACUCUAUUAACGAACAGACCAAUCACUUCGUUUCCUCCUCCUGUUCCUUGUAGAGCCCGUCGGCCGUCCCACACAACUUCCAUCUCUCAUCCAAAUGCUAAACGCCAAAACUACCCCUGUUUCUCUCAUGUGGUGGUGGAUUAACAUCGAGCGAAACCAAACAUGACACUUCAGCCAUUACAUAAGCCAUUUUAUCUUUUACUAAAAACCCUCCCAAUAAAAUCUCGCCGGCCGUAUCUACUUUGCCGCCACUUUCAAAUGUUUGUUUUUUUAUCACUAACCGUCGUCACUGCUCACUGAACAAGCCCUCGUAUCUCCGUCAAUCUCUGUCUCUCUCUCUCCAAUGCUUCCGUGCACAAACAAGUAAAAUGAUGAAGAAUCACCAGGAGACCACAGCUUCAGAUCAACCCCUGAAGGCUCGACGCCCCAAGUCCCGCGAAGUGAGCUCGCGGUACCUCUCGCCGACGUCGACUCCCACUCACGACAGCGGGAUCCCGUCGCCGACCCGUGGCUCAUCGCCGAUGCGGCGUAAGUCCGGCGCGAGCUCCCAAGAUUCUCGGAAGCACCGGAGCCUCGAGGAGUUGGGCUUUGCCAGAGGAUCGCUGUGGCCUUCGGCGACUGCGAUCUCGUCUCCUUCGCGGUCCUCGAGCACGAAACUGGACACUCUUGCCGAUCACCUCGGGAACGACAGAUUGAAUGAUCUUCUGGACCGCAAAAGCGGAAAUAAGGUCGUGAGUGCUGAGAAUCCCGCGCAUUUGAGCAGGCAGAGGAGCGUAACCGAGAUCAAUAGAAUCGAGAAUGUGAAAGGGGCCAGUAAAGAGAACCACAGGCCGAUUCUCGGCGGUUCCAUGAGGUACACCGGUAAAUUAUUGUUUCCUGGCAGAAAAUCGUCGUCUUCGAACAAGGGGUCGGAGAGUCCUGCCCCGAUAAUCCCUGGAAGAUUCUCUGUUGACGAAAAUGCUCUUUACAAGAAAUCUUCCAGAAGGAAAUCUGAUACUUUCACGGACCAUUCUCUUGAAUCCGAAUCCGAAUGCAGCGAUGUAUCCUCUUCGGCAUCCAAUUUAUCGUCGACGACAAUGAUGGGGAAAGCUGGUAUAGAGGUUUCAUCCAAGUACAUGAACGAUGUAACAGGAAGGUCCAGCAGGUGGACUUCAGAUUCGAAUGUUCAGCAUCCUCUGUCGUUCGAUGAAACCGCUAGGUCGAACAAGUUUACAGUAAAAGGUGCAAUCAAGAGGGCUAGUUCGCUCACUGGGUACGGGAGUGCAAUGUCGCAAUGGGCUCUGUCACCCGGCAGGUCAGGUUCGUCUCCAAUGUCUGUAGAAAAUAAAGAGAGGCCGUUGUCUUUUUCGAACUUGAAGCCACCGUCGAGUCCCUCGAGGCAUAAUGGUGUGGAAAAGUUGCUUAAUAUGGGACUUGACUUGUUCAAGAGCAAGAAAUCCUCAUCUCAUUCAUCUCCUCUGGGUCCUGCUGGUGCAGAAAACGUUCAUCAACUUCGUCUGCUUCAUAAUCGGUUGAUACAAUGGCAGUAUGCGAAUGCUAAAGCCGAUGCUGGGAACUCGAAUAUCACUAGCCAGACUGAGAGAAAUUUAGUAUGUGCUUGGAGCAGCCUCACAAAAUUGCAACAUUCUGUGCUCCAGAAGAAAUUACAGAUGGAGAAAGAAAAGUUCCAAAUGAAGCUGAACCUGAUACUCCAUACCCAAAUUAGACCACUGGAAACUUGGGGAGACAUGGAAAGGCGACACUCGCUAGCAAUUUCCAAGACAACCGAGUCUUUGCAAUCUAUUGUCGGUAGAUUACCGCUCAUAGAAGGUGCAGAGGUCGAGCCACAAUCUACUUCGUUCGCUCUCCGACACGCGUUGGAUCUCACGACGUCUAUCAAGUCAGCAAUAACCGAUAUUUCCCCUUCGGGAGAUGGCACCGUCCCAUUGCUCUCAGAGUUGGCGAAGGUGGUUGGGCAAGAAAAGCUGCUCUUGGAGGAGUGCCUGGAGUGUCUUAGGACCAUAUCCAAGCUAGAGAUCCAAGAGAGUAGUUUAACAAGUAGCUUGAUUCAAAUGAAUCUAUGGCAACAGCAGCAGCAGCAGCAGCAGCAGCAGGAACAUGUACAACUGCGACAACAACAACAAUGUCAAUAAGUGGCUUCACUUGAGAGUCAAGACGAAGAUCUAGCAGUUGGACUGACAGGUUAGAUGCACAGACAAUUCGAUUCGCUGCUUGAUCGAAGCAGUACAAUUUAAGAAAACCGGGCUUACUGAUUCAUUUAGUAGGUAAAACUAAGAAAUGUGUUAGCUAAGGCUGAAAAUGCGAGCAAACGCGACGCGGCUUGUGUCUCGUGACAAUGUGGACGAUCGAAUCCGAUACUGGAAAAGAUUCUGCUAUAUCAGUUCAAUAACCAGCAUGACUUGAGAUUCCUGCAUUUUCAUUGCAUUCACGCUGAAAAGAUUCGACUUUGAUCGCGAAUGAUAAUUCCAGCACCAUGUCGCCAGACAACCGACAUGAUUUAGAAGUCCA